AAAUAUAACAAUAUUAGGUGUAAGAUAUACAAGUGGUGUGUGUGUGUGUGUUUGUGCUUGAUACAAGUGGCUCUUAAGUAUGCGACAGUGCUCGUUUCCAGUACACACAUACCAUCGGAAAAAAUUACCAGAAAAACUAAAGUGCCCUUUCUUUCAAGUACACAUGCAUACAAGCUAGUUCAAGGCCAAGAUCUUCUAAUCAUAGACCUUAUACAUUUGGUAAAGAAAAUUGAUACAUACAUAUUGUGAACAUCAUGUCUCCCUCAAGGGACUCUUUGGUGGACGCUCUUAAAAUGAAAGGAGGAACAGGAGACCAUAGUUAUGCUACUAAUUCACAUUAUCAGAGAAGUGUUUUCUAUGAGAUACAACCUUUGGUCAUAGAGAACGUAAGAGAAAUGCUACUGAAAAAUGGGUUUCCUGGUUGCAUCAAAGUGGCAGACUUGGGUUGUUCUACUGGACAAAACACGGUGUUGGCCAUGUCCGCAAUCGCCUACACGAUCAUGGAGUCAUACCAACAAAUGAGUAAAAACCCACCAGAAAUCGAUUGUUAUUUGAACGACCUUCCAGAGAACGAUUUCAAUACCACCUUCAAGUUGUUUCAUUCUUUCCAAGAGAAGCUGAAACCGGAGGUUAAAGGAAAGUGGUUUGUCUCGGGAGUCCCGGGUUCUUUUUACUCAAGGCUAUUCCCAAGAAAGUCUCUCCAUUUUGUUCAUUCAGCUUUUAGUAUCCAUUGGCUUUCUAGAAUUCCAGAUGGCCUUGAGAGCAACACUAAAAGCAUUCAUAUUAAAUAUCCAUACCCUUCAAAUGUCUACAAGAGUUAUUUAAAUCAGUUCAAGAUAGAUUUUUCGUUGUUCUUAAAAAUGCGUUCAGAAGAAGUAGUGCAUAAUGGACAUAUGGUUCUAACGUUCGUGGGAAGAAAGGUUUCCGACACUUUAUCCAAAGAUUGUUUCCAAGUUUGGUCGUUGUUAUCCGAUUGCCUCCUCGAUCUAGCCUCCGAGGUACAUACUCAAUAACCAUAUUUUUGUUUUCUUUAUAAACAUUUCUCUACCAAGUAAUAAAUUGUUACGAGAAUGUGAGUGUAGGGGUUUGUGAACGAUUCAAUGGUAAAAUCAUUUAACAUGCCAUUCUACAAUCCAAACGAAGAAGAGGUAAGAGAAUUUAUCUUAAAGGAAGGUUCCUUCGAGAUCACCAAGAUCGAGAAAUUCGACCAUGUUGUCCCAUACAAAAUUGACCGUGAGGAAGAAGAUGAGGAGCAAUCACUUCAGUUGGAAGCUGGUAUAAAGCAUGCAAGCUGGGCAAGAUGCAUCACCGAACCAUUGCUCGUUGCUCAUUUCGGAGAUGCAAUUAUAGAACCGGUGUUCAACAAGUAUGCACACUAUAUGGCCAAGUAUCUAAGUGUCUCAAACCAUCGCCGUAAUAUGACACUCGUCAUCGUAGUUUCGUUGACUAGGAAAUAAAGUUCAUUGUUUUGAAUGUGGGACGAGCAAUUUUAAUUCGAUUAUAAAUUAAGCAAUUGUCACCUACACAUAUCAAUCAAUAUCAUCACUGUUUUUCUAA